AUGGCAACAGGCUACACCUGUGCCCAGUGCCUUCAGGUACUCCGUCAAGGCGUGCGGGUAUCAUCCCAUACACCCGCACGCCUGCAAAGCCUAGCCCACGUCCGCCGAAGAUGUGCAAUCAGCCCAUCGUGGACUCGCAGCUUUGGCUCCGAGCGCAACAACCGCCCACUCGGUGGAAACGCCUCUGAGCAGCUCAAGGGUGGUGUUACGGCAAAGUCUCAAUCUCAAUCGCCUACCUCCCUGUCGCAGAAAGCAUCCGCCUCAACCUCCACCGGCCCCUCCGUCGACACGCGAGCCCUGCUGAAACCCGACAAUCUAUUCCACUCCUUCUCGAACUCGCCCUCGCCAGCAAUUCGCCAGCGAGCCGCAUUCAUCAAACAAAACGCUUUCUGCCCUCACCCAGAUCACGCACAGACUCGUGCCCCCGUCUCGCCGCACGAUCCCGAAUCGCGAAAGACUCAGACUGUGGAUGCAACUGCAGGUGGCAGCAGUCUACCCCCAGCCCACUCGCACUUCGAGUGCCCGGACUGCGGUGUACCGGUCUACUGCUCCGAGGGACACUGGAUGGACGACUUUGAAGCUCAUCUGGGGAUCUGUGACACGCUUCGACAAAUCAAUGAGGACGACCAUGAUCUCCAGUCUGGUCGCUUCUUCCCGGAAUUCAAUUACCCCGGUGUUCAGGAUGAUAAUUUCGUGGUUAACAUGACAAAUUGGGAUACACUCAUGUAUACCCGUGAAUUUGACGCUGUUAAUGAUGAUCGCUCCAUGCGUCAGGUUACGCGCAUGCUUACUUACCCGCAGACUAUUGCUAGUGUUUUGCAUGAGCUUAGUCCGUACAGUAUUCGGGGAAAGGAUCGGUUGACGCCUGAGGGAUUGAAGAGUGUUUCUGCCCUCCGCUACUCCCUCCACCCACCCCGAACCGGCGAAAGCAUCGACCUAAAAGGCCUCCGCCUCAAAGCCCCCCCCAGUCCGAAUCUUCAUCCUCGGCGCACGCGCCGAAUCCUCCCUCCCCGCGACGUCUGGCUGCAACUACAAUACAUGUUCCCGCGCUCGCUAAUCAACCUCGUCUUCAUCGGACCAGAGAGCAUGUCAAACCGCGACGCAGAAUUCCCCCUCCCCGAACGAACCCCGGAGAACCCCUUCGGCGGUAUCGUCGAGGACCGUCUCGGCGGCCAGAUGAAGAUCACUACCUAUGUUGAUUACUUCCACACUAUGUAUCAGGCGCAGUAUUUCCAGCCCUUCGAUCCUUAUCUCGAUGUCUUUAUGCUGUUCCAUCCUGGUCUUGGACAUCCUGCCAGUUCGCAUGAGUGGGAGGAGACCCUGCCCCAGUUACUUGAGACAAAGGUUCCUAUUCUUUGCACGGGUUAUACGCAGUGGGAUAUGGAGAGGGAUAUUAAGUGGGUGAAUGAGAAGUGCAAGGGCGAAUUUGAUAUGUUGCUUGAACCUGGGGAGAAUAUCUUCAGAAGUUUGAGGUGGGAUUUGAAUGAUAUGGAUCCUCACGAUAUUUCGUGUGGAAAUUGGGGGUUGUGGGGGUUCCGUGGAAAGAGAUACGAGGCUGCGAUGAGUGACAAGGAGUAA